AUGAAGAGUAGGCAAGCAGAGUUUGAUAGGGGCUAUUCUAUGUUAAGUAAACUUGAAAACGCUUGCUUAUUAGAAGGUGUAAGUGAGAAAUAUUAUGAAGAGGGAAUGUUUGUGAAGAUGCAUGAUUUGGUAAGAGAAAUGGUUCUCCAAGUUGCAAGUCCUAAAUUUAUGGUAGAAGGUCACUUGGGAUUGGAGGAUUUUCCUGAUGAAGGAAAAUGGAGAGAGAAUCUCGUAAAGGCUUCUUUGAUGUACAAAAAAAUAUCAAGAAUUCCUUCUAAUGUAUCACCAAUGUGUCCUAACCUUUCGACCUUGUUGCUGCAAGGUAACAAGUCAUUAAAAAAUGUCCCAGAUUCUUUAUUUAAGCAUUUGCAUGGGCUCAAGUUUCUUGAUCUAUCAUAUACUGACAUUGAAUCUCUGCCGAAUUCAAUCUUUAGCUUGGAGAAUCUUAAUACAUUAAGCCUUAGAGGGUGUUGUUAUUUAAAGCAUGUGUCUUCAUUAGCAAAGCUUACAACAUUGACAAAGUUAGACCUUGGGGGAACUCUAAUUACGGAAGUACCGGAUGGUUUAGAAAUGUUAGUAAACUUGACAUACCUCAAUCUGGACGUAGGGAGUCCAAUAAUCAUGCCACUUGGGAUUUUACCUAAACUUUCUCAUCUCCAGUAUCUUAGAUUUUCUUGCGUAGUAACAGUGAAAGGAGAGGAGAUAGAAAGGUUGAAGAAAUUGGAGAAUGUUUGGGUCCGUUUUGAUGAAUUGUAUGAGUUUUGUAGUUUUAUAAGAUCUUUAGAGAAAAGGCAACUCACAUGUUACCAAAUUCAAGUGGGAGAGUCAGAGGAAGACGUGGAUCGGGAUAUUCAAGACGUAGGAAAAGGUGCAAUUUUAGAAAGAGAGUGCAAUUUAAGAAGAGAAGGUGAGUCCCGUGUGCUACCGGAAGACGUGCAAUCCCUAGAUAUUGUAGAAUGUGACGAUUUAACAAGUCUAUGCGAUGUUCCAUCUUUGAAGCACGUAAGGGAAUUGAAGAAAAUACGUCUUAGCCAUUGCAAAGGAAUAGAGCACGUUCUUUCGCCUUCUUCUUCUCUUACCGAUUCUCUUCAAACUCUCAAGAUGAAAGACAGAGAGCUGCAUCAGCACGGGUCCCGCCUAUCACCUUUUCCCGUCUCAAAGUGA